UUAUGGAGAUGGAACGUCGUUGUUGAAUUGCACUCUGACUCAGACUCUUGUCUCCUUUCCAAUUUUCCAUUCUCCUCCUACUCUAACGAUCACAAUUUCACAAACCUCGAACUCCUUUCACUCUGAGAAAUUCCCCAUAUACCCUUGAGAUGGCGGAGAAGUACAACAUGAAGAACCCCGCCGUCAAGCGCAUUCUCCAAGAGGUCAAGGAGAUGCAGUCCAAUCCUUCCGAUGAUUUCACGAGUCUCCCUCUCGAGGAAAAUAUAUUUGAAUGGCAAUUUGCAAUUAGAGGACCUCGUGAUACUGAAUUUGAGGGUGCUGUCUAUCAUGGACGGAUCCAAUUGCCUUCAGAGUAUCCAUUCAAACCACCUUCAUUUAUGUUAUUGACGCCUAAUGGACGUUUCGAGACCCAAACAAAGAUUUGCUUGAGCAUAUCAAAUCAUCACCCUGAGCAUUGGCAACCAUCAUGGAGUGUAAGGACCGCUUUAGUUGCACUGAUUGCAUUCAUGCCUACCAACCCUAAUGGUGCUUUGGGGUCGUUGGACUACAAGAAGGAAGAAAGGCGUACCUUGGCCAUCAAAUCUCGUGAAGCGCCUCCGAAAUUUGGGACUCCUGAACGUCAAAAACUGAUUGAUGAGAUACACGAGUAUAUGCUAAGCAAGGCACCCCCUGUUCCUCAACAUAGCUCCAUACAACUACUCGAAGAAGAGCAUUCCAGAGACGAGGAGGCCGAGUCCCAGGCAAAUUCCCAUAAUGCUGAGGCUUUACCUGCUGAAGAGGGGAUUCCAGAUCAAGCAGGAGAUAGAAUUGUUGAAGAGGAGGUAGUUGUUGAUGAUAAUCUUCAAGGAGUUGAAGCUUCAACGGAGAUCCAAUCCAAUGUUUCAAGGAACCAGUCGCCCCAUAAUUCUGGUUUAAGGGUUCAAAAUCCGAAGCCGGAGACUAGGAUACAGCAAAAGCUUGAUGAUCAUAUUUUCACAUUGAUAGCCAUUGGACUUGCCAUUGCAAUUGUGGCCCUUUUGCUGAAGAAGUUCGUUAACUUUUCAUGCCCUUUUUACGUGAUAAUUCAAUCUAACGCCACCUUCCCUCGCUAUUAUCAUCACCAGGCUCACGCGCCCGAGACAAGUCAGCAACCACACCACCCAUUUGGCGCUCACAUUUUCCAUGAUGACACCCCUGGAGCUGAAGCAACCCACCACUACCAGCUGGGUGUUGAUGCUCCGGCACAAUCGCCGUCGAGCCAUGGCGGCGGUGGCCUUGACUCAUCAUCAUUCUACUCUUCUUUCUCGGAUCUCCUUAAAGGAACCUUACGCGGCCACACGUUAACAAUGCCCGACGAUAUCACACACUUGUCAACCAAACACCACAACGAACUCAGACAAAUAUGCGGCCACACCGAUUACCCUGACGUGUGCUUCUCCACCAUCGCACCGCAUCUCCACGGCGAGCACUUCGACCUCACCCACGUCCUCCAAGCUUCCAUAACGGCCUGCUCGAUCGAGUUGAAGCUGACCAUAGAGAAGUCGAAGAGGCACUCGAGCACUUCGUCGCCGGAGAACCUAGGUGCAGUCAUGUACGUGGACUGUAGGGUGCAGUAUACCAACGCGCUUGAGAACCUCCAAAAAGCGAGUGAUGCUGCUGCGGGGCGUGAUCUUGGAACGGUUACCAUCAUGCUUAGUUCUGUUAUGGCUGACGUGGCAACAUGUGAGAGCGGUUUUCAGGAUCUUGAGUCCUCUACCUUCGUUUCCGGGUCGGUUGGAAUUAUGGCAAGCAAUUGUCUUGCCAUUGCUCAUAUGGUUCCCCAUCAGUAG